CCCCCCCCUUUCCCCUCUCCCUUUUCCCCUCGCUACACUCUCCACUCUCUCCCCUCACUCCAAACUCCUCACCUCCUCAUACAUCCCUCCUGAAUAUCUUUUCUGCGAGUACAUCUCCUCCUCCACUCUACACCUCUGUAUCUUCAUAAAGUAGCGACCUUACCAAAGCCACCGCUUCUGCUAUGACGAAUAACAUCCGCCCCUCCAUCCCAGGUCUUCCUGUCACCAAGGGUGGUCCGCAGCAGGGACACGCCGGCGCCCCUGCCCCCCGUUCUCCGAAUACCACUGCCCCUUCUUCGGUUGAUCGACUUGGCCAAAAAGUCGGCCAGAUGACAAUCGGCAAGCGUCCUGUACCCGAGAAGCCUGGUAAUAUCCUGGAGCUCAUCGGGGGUCUCUUCGAAAGGUUGAAGGACAUUGCAUGUCUCCCGAAGGACAUCUUGGUGAAAAUCCGCCAGGGAAAUAUCGCGGAGCUCCAUCAAGAGAUCCAGGACCUUUACAAGGCUAAGAUUGACAAGGAGCUCAAUCCGGUGCUGAGCCAGGAUCUUCUAGCCAUUUGGCACAUGAUUUCCAUGUACCAGGCUGUGGGUCAUUUCCGAGUCGAUAUGGAUGGAUCGCAUUACGUUUCGUCUCUGAAUAAGCUCACUGACAGCGAGAGUAAGUUGAAGGACGAUCUCAUUGCGGCCGAUUGGGAGGACUGGCCCGAUUUCCAUCGUGAUCUGAUGAAGCGUAGUCUGGAUUUCCGAAAGACCAUCGAUGAACUAUCGAAAAACUUGCCGGCUGAUCACACGCUCUGUGAAGCUGUUGCCAGUUCUAAGGAGUUCAUCUCGAACUAUCAUGAUCUUUUUGCUCACAUCUCAGCUCUUUUGGCCGCCAGCGAGAAGCAAGCGACCGCGCCUAUGCGGGAUGCGGUUGAGCUUGACCAUUUCAACAACCUCCCCAAACGCUUGCGCCUGGCUUUUUAUCCGUUCAAGGAAAAGAUUCUAGCGGAUUUUCGAGUUGCCGUUCCUGAGCCAGUCGUCCCGCACGAUGAUUUUGGCACGCAGUUUUGCCAGGCGAUGCGCAAGUUCAUUACCAUCACUAUUUUGACCUUCUUUGUCAAAUGGUCCAUCAAGGAGCUUUAAUGCUGCUUUGCUCCCACUCACUUUCUUCUUGUAAGAAUUGGUGCCUUUUGUAGUUAUCUGAUGUACUUUCUGCGCACGGAGUUUUUUCGCCUCUUUACCUGGGCUUUUUUCCUUCGACCUCGCGCAAGCUUUUUGAAUACACAUAAAUCUCAAA